AUGACUCCACUACUCAGCAGCGCCGACUUCUCUGCUACUAAUUUCUUUCCACCAGACCGGCCCUCGUCCCCUCCUCCACCGCCACCAGAUCUUGCGAUACCACCCGAACCACCUUCUUUGUCUUCAGUACCUUCCCCGCCUCAGGAUGUACCUCCUCCUCCACCAACUACUAUAGCAGAUGGAGAUUCCGAGUUAUCAUUAGUAUCGCUUGUAAAGAAGAAAAGGGGCUGGGCCUCAAAGCCUGCUCGACAGCCGUUGAGUGUUGAGGAGAUCCUCCGCAAGAAGAAAGAAGCGGAGGAUGCUGCUGCCAAGCCAAAAUUCUUGUCCAAAGCCCAGCGAGAAAGGAUUGCUUUAGAUAAAAGAGCAAAGGACGUUGAGGAGCAAAAAAAGAAGCCGCAUGUUGAAUCACUGGCUGGGCCCUCAGAAACCAGCACGGGCACAAACACGCCUCAGCGUAUGACAAAUGGAUUGCACGAAGGAAACAACACAGUCCAGCGUCCAUCUCUACCUACGGGACCCAAAGCAUUGCGGGCGAAAGAAAUUCCCACCGGCCCUGCAGCAAUGCGAUCAGGCCCUAACAAAGGCUACGACAUGGCUCCACCUCCUCCACCGAAACCUUCGUUGAUCAAUACUCCACUCGCAAAGAGUGAGAAACGACCAGCGAUAGAGAAUGCGCAGAGAGAUCUCAUAAAACAGCGCUACAUGGGUGCAGACAUCAACCAGUCAACCUUUUCAGCGAAGAAAAAGCGACGGCGUACUACUGAGAAGAAAUUCAAUUUUGAAUGGAAUGCUGAAGAGGAUACUAGCCCCGACUACAACCCAUUGUAUCAGGCACGAGCAGAAGCAAAUUUCUAUGGUCGGGGAAGAUUGGGUGGCUUUACAGAAGACUUGAUGGAUGGAGCUGCAAAGUACGCUAGGGCACUAGAAGAAAGGGAUCGUGACUCUGGAACAGCAAGAGCGAAUGAUCUAAUAGAAAUGGAAAGAAGGCGACGUGAAGAAGGAGGGAAGGCUGCACUUGAAAAACACUGGAGUGACAAGAGAUUGGAACUCAUGCGCGAACGGGAUUGGCGAAUUUUUAAAGAAGAUUUCAACAUUAGCACAAAAGGCGGCGCGCUGCCAAACCCGAUGCGAUCUUGGAACGAGUCAGGCUUGCCGAGGAGCUUGAUGAAUGUCAUCGAUCAGGUUGGCUAUACCGACCCGUCUCCAGUCCAGCGAGCAGCUAUUCCCAUUGCCUUACAAUCAAGGGACCUCAUUGGGGUCGCUGUCACUGGCUCAGGGAAGACUGCAGCAUUCUUAUUGCCCUUGCUUGUAUACAUAUCAGAGUUGCCUGCUUUGAAUGAGCUUACUAAGAAUGACGGUCCUUAUGCAGUAAUCUUAGCACCCACGCGAGAAUUAGCACAGCAAAUUGAGGUAGAAGCGAAGAAAUUUGCAACUCCCCUAGGCUUCACCUGCGUCAGCAUUGUUGGUGGACAUUCUUUGGAGGAACAAGCGUACAACCUUCGUGAUGGUGCCGAGAUCAUCAUUGCGACACCGGGGCGGCUUGUCGACUGUAUAGAAAGACGAGUACUUGUCCUGAGCCAGUGCUGUUAUGUGAUCAUGGAUGAGGCUGAUCGUAUGAUUGACCUUGGGUUUGAGGAGCCCGUUAAUAAAAUUCUGGAUGCUUUACCUGUCGGAAACAUGAAGCCUGACUCGGAAGAAGCUGAAGAUGCGCAAGUGAUGAGUCGUCAUCUAGGGGGUAAAGAUCGUUACCGCCAAACAAUGAUGUAUACGGCGACUAUGCCGUCAGCGGUCGAGCGCAUAGCCCGAAAAUAUCUGAGGAGACCCGCGAUUGUGACUAUCGGUAAUGUUGGCGAAGCUGUCGAGACGGUUGAACAACGGGUCGAGUUUGUUGCUGGUGAGGAUAAGCGCAAGAAACGGCUGCUUGAUAUCCUCGGUUCUCGCGAUUUUCAACCGCCCAUUAUUGUGUUCGUCAACAUCAAACGAAAUUGCGACGCUAUUGCUCGCGAUAUCAAACAUGGCGGCUUCUCUGUUGUUACACUUCAUGGCAGCAAGACCCAGGAACAAAGAGAGGCAGCUCUUGGUUCGGUCCGUAAUGGUAGCACCGAUGUACUUGUUGCAACAGACCUUGCGGGCAGAGGUAUUGACGUGCAGGACGUCAGUCUCGUCGUAAACUUCAACAUGGCUAACAGCAUCGAAAGCUACACACAUCGUAUCGGUCGUACUGGGAGAGCUGGCAAAAACGGGGUCGCCCUUACUUUCUUGGGUAAUGAGGAUAGCGACGUCAUGUACGAUCUCAAGCAGAUGCUCUCAAAAUCUAGCAUCUCUAAAAUGCCGGAGGAGCUACGAAAACACGAGGCAGCACAGCAAAGGUCACAGAAAGGUUCUGGGCAAAAGAAAUCAGAAGAUAGUAGUGCGUUUGGGGGGAGAGGCGGUUGGCAGUAG